AUGAAGCAACUGUAUGAAAUCAACGUUGAACAUUUCAUCUCCACCGUGUUCACGAAGAUCCCCCUCUCGACGACCACAGUGUUGGGGUCAGUGUCGGCUAUAACGGUGUCUCCUGACGGUGUUAUCCACGUUGCUGACCAGAAGGCCCUCAAGCUCCUCAGCUUCGUCCACUACCUUCCCCCUGACGACCAGAACGGCGACUUCCAGGUGGCGCACCCCCGCACGAACGAGCUGUACGUGUUCAACCGUCACGGCCACCACGUGGAGACCCGGGACCUGGUCACCGGCAGGACCCUCUACUCCUUCCUCUACUCCAAGAACACCUCCUUCGGCAGGCUCUCCAAGGUUACCGACUCCUCGGGCAACAAAGUCAUGUUCCUUAGGGACUACAACUCAGCUGUCAGUCAGAUCGAGAACACGAUGGGGGAAAAGUUUGCAGUGCGGAUCAGUCGUCUUGGCCUGAUGACCAGGUUCUCAGAGAGGCCAGGCCGGAUCUACGACUUCACCUACGACGACGACACCGGCCUCCUGGUGGCCUCCACCUCCCCAGGCCGCCUGACCUACGUGUACGAGUAUGACGCGACGGGUCGCGUGGUAACGGUGGUGGCACCCACAGGCACCCGUGUGGGCGUGGACUCCUGGAUGGGCGGCGAGGGUGCUCACCGGAGCCUGAGCGUGGGCGUGGGCGGCAGCCAGGGGGAGCACAACGCCCACGUCCUCACCAUGACCAGCAACACCCGGGCGGUCUUCAACCAGGGAGCGGUGAGGUCAGAGCUGCGGGUGUGGUCUAAUGGGACCUGGCGCCAGGACCUGCCGUGGGGAGGGUACGCCAGGGGCCUCGCCUCCGCCUCCUCGCCCCUGUUGGAGGUGUCCCUGCCUACCCAGGCCAGCCUCCUGCCCGCGAUACAUCGCUACGAGGUGGCCAUGGCGCCUGGGCCGCCCAACGCUCUCACCAUUAGCUACGGUGUGGGAGAUCGCCGCAGGAACGAGCGAGUGGUGGAGACUGUUCUCCUGGUGAACGGGUCGCGGGUGCUGCGGCGGGCUUGGGACGGGACCAGCCGCAUGGAGUCGCUGACGGACGGAGCCAGCCAGCCGCUCCUUCGUCUGACGUACGACCACAACGGCCACCCGACCUCCCUCACCCUGGGCGACCACCUCUCUUCCCUCAAUGUUACCUACGACCGGUUCGGGAGGACGGAGGCGCGGCAGUGGGACUGGUCGAGUGAGAGCUACGAGUACGACGCCCAGGGCCUCCUGUCCACCGUCUCCUCCCACACCGCCCACACCACCAGCUACACCUUCGGCGAGACCAGACUGCCGGCGACCAUGACGCUGCCCUCUGGCCGCUCCUGGAGGCUUCACUACGACGAGCGCGGAGGCCUCAAGUACGUCACCACCCCCACGGGAUCCGCCCACUUCUUCUCCAUGCAGCCGUCCUUCGGGUGGUUCGUGUUCUCCUACACUCCGCCCGGGUCGACGCACUCCUACAAGCAGUACCUCGACCACGCCGGACGCCUCAUGCUCACCGCCUUCCCAGCAGCCUCCGCUAAGGUCCUCUACACCUACACUGAGUCCGGACAACUGAGGGAGAUCGUGUCCGGCGACGGGAAAACCGAGUUUUCCUACGGUAGUGACGGCCUCCUGUCGGAGAUCAUGCACGAGGAAUUGGACUUGGAGUAUAGAAUGGACUUGCUGUACACUGGACGGCUCCUGCAGGAACACCGCAUCGACUAUGGCGCCAGAACCGGCCUCAGCAACGUCAAGUUCACCUACGAACACGAUUCCAACUUCCGGGUGACGAACUUUGCGGGGCGUAUCGGCGGCCAGAACUUGCUGCCCUUCCCAUUAGCCUACAACCCGUCUACGGGCGGACCCUCACAGAUCGGUCACUUCACUGUAACUAGGACCAAGUUGAACGAAACUACCUUUCAGGACGGCACUGCUAUCUUCUCCCGCCAGCUGAACUCCCAUCUGCACGCUGCUCAGUCUGCAGUGACCAUCCAUAACAUGGAGGUCUUUAAGAUGCAGAUAUUCUACAAUCCCGACGGCAAAAUUACCCAAACCAAGACCUUCACUCGUAACUACCACAGCAAGCCCUACACCAACACCCGCAACUACACCUAUGACGCUGAUGGCCAGCUCAUCAGUGUGGAGGCCAAGGAGCCGUGGAGCUUCUCCUACGAUGCUAACGGCAACAUGCUCUCCCUCACUUACUCCACUAACACCAUUCCCAUGAAGUACGACUCGCAAGACCGCAUCGUCAAGUUCGGCGAGGGCGUCUACCGCUACGACUCUCGCGGCGCCAUCGUGCAGAAUGCGCGCGAAGUCACGUAUCACUAUAACGCUCGCGGCUUGCUGGUGCGGGCGGCGAAGUCCGGUCGCUUCAACAUCAGGUACCUGUACGACCACGAAGACCGCCUGGUGGCUAGGAAGGACAACUUCGGCAAUGUGACGCAGUUCUUGUACACAGAUCAGCGGCACCCGGACCAAGUGACUCAUAUAUACAGUCCUCGUGAUGGUAACCUCAUCACGCUGGUAUAUGACGACCGCGGCCACAUCAUCUUUGCGCAGGUGUACCGGAACAAGUACUACAUCGCGACGGACGAGUGCGGGACGCCGGUGAUGGUGUUCAACCAGUACGGCGAGGUGGUCCGCGAGAUGAUGCGCUCGCCCUACGGCCACAUCAUGUACGACUCCAACCCUUACCUCUACCUCCCCGUCGACUACUGCGGCGGCCUCCUCGAGACGCGCACCGAACUCGUCCACAUGUCCCGAGGGCGCAUCUACGACCCUCUCAUAGGUCAAUGGCUCUCGCCGGCGUGGGAAGACGUUCUUGACAACAUUCUCACCCCCGCCAAGCUCUCCCUCUACCGCUUCAACGGCAACGACCCCAUCAACGUCCACCUCACCCACUGGAAGAACUAUGAUUACAAGGCGUGGCUGGCGCGGCUCGGAUACAACUUGGAGAGCCUGGCCCCUCAGAUGGCGUGGGCGAGCAGCAGUCCACGCCCUCCCCCGUCCCUGUGGCAGGCCUUCACCCGCGCCCCCAUCUUCCCCAUGCGGGCUGCAGCAUCCCCAUUCUCUGACCAGGUGGUGGGUGUGGGCUGUGUGAGUGGUCUGGUGCUGACGCUGGAGGAGGCCGCCCAUACCACCGCUCGACUCUCCACCCUCACGCCCACACGACUGCGACACGACUUCUGGCCGCACCGUCACAAGGUAGAGAUCUCCGCCGUGCCUGGUCCCUUUGGUGAGGGGCUGCUGGUGUCGUGCGUGGAGGGUCGGGCCAUGGUGACAGCCACGGACCAGGCCAACCCCAUCUUCAGAGAACGUCCUCACCUCUGUCUUCAACAACUCCCUCCUCUCUCGACAUCACCCUUACCACCCACAACAACCAUGUCUUUUACUUUGUCAAGGAGAACUAUUGGAAAGCCUCGGAGGACAUGACCCAGCUCAACCGUCUUGGAGGGGAGGUGAACAUCACCAUCC